AUGAAGAGGAAGGCAGUCGCCGCGGCCGUGAACCCUAAGCUCGCCAAGUUCUCCAAGAAGGACACUGAAGAGAAGCAGCUCGUCGUUAUUCACUGGCUGCGUCAGAACUACUACUUGGGCAGCGGCGGUUCCACGCCCAAGGCGCUGCUGUUCCAGGAGUACCUCGACAUGUGCCAGGCGGAGAACGUGGAGCCCACCUCCAACUCGGCCUUUGGCAAGCUCGUUCGCACGGCCUUCCCGGGCGUGCAGUCGAGCAGGAAGGGACCGCGCGGGGCGGCCAAGCACCAGUACAAGAACCUGCUGCCCAUCGCCCUGGCGGCCGGCGGCGAGCGAGCACGCGUGGUGGUGAGCAGCAUGGGCGAGAGCGAGCCCAGCAGCGAGGCGCACGACGACGAGGAGUACGAGGAGGAGCUCGAGGCUUCUUCGAGCUCCUUCACCAUCGUCGGCUCUUCGUCAUCGCCCGUCUCUUCGCCGCAGCAGGCCUCGCCCGUUCGCCACCGCCGCCAGGCCUACGAGUCAAGCCCGGUCAGCGACGAGUCAAGCUCUUCUUCUUCCUCCUCUUCGUUCUACUUCUCGUCCGCGCCCGGGCCCGUUCCCUCGUCGCCCGCCUCGUCGGCGCUGGAGGACGGCGACCAGCUGGCCUCUUCCCCGACGCUUUCGUUCUCCUACUCUUCGUCGCCGUCAUCGUCACCCCUGGCGGUGAUGCCGAUGAUGACCCACUCGGCCGAGUGGAUGCCGCCCAUCUUGCAAGUCGUGGACGGCGUGUCGGCCCAGCACCACCACUGCCAGCACCUCCCGUACCGUCAGCACGAGCUCGAAGAGGGAGCGCAGAGCUCGUUCGAUGACAUAAUCGACGCCUACGGCGCCGAGGCCGCGGCGGCGGCCGAGCAGGGCGUGUGGGAGGGCGACGACGUGGAGGCCUUCUUCUCGAUCACGACCAGCCCCUACGCCGCUUCGAGCUUCCUGAUGCCCUCGGCUCACGGCUACGGCUCGUUUGGCACCGACUUCGGGUUCGUGGGCGCGAACGAGCGACGAGAAGAGGAAGCUCAGAUGAUGUGGUGCAGCAGCGGCUCGAGCGUGGAGGAUAUAUUAUCCGCCAACAAGGGGGAGGAGUGGAUCGACAACAUCCUCCAGGGCUGCAACUAG